ACAACUUUCUGCUGAUGGAGACGCAGUGAGUGUAGGGCUUUCUCACUCUUUCAUUAUCUCUGCUGAGAAGCCUGCUUUUUUAUUUUCUAACCUCUAAAGAGAAGCAGUGGUAGAGCUGAAGUCAGAGGCCGUGCCAUGUCUGCAGAGAAGAGGCCAAAAAAGAAGAAAGAGGAGGCAAAUGGCACAACAGAAGCCAAGCUGAAUGGAAAAGAGGCCAAGCCCAAAAAAACAAAGACCAAGAAAAAUGAAGAUGUAUCUGAAGAGGACAGCCCUGCCAUCCAAAAUGGAAAGAAGGUGAAGAAAAAGAAACCAGAAAAAGAUAAAGAAGAACCAGAAAAGGAAAAAGAAAAAGAGAAAGAGCCAAAAAAGAAGGCCAAAAGUGCUCCAAAAAAAAAGAAAGGUUCAGGCACAGAUGAUGACGAUGAUGAUGACGAUGAUGAAGACACCCCCAAAAAGAAGACUAAGAAAAAGACAACAAAAGACAGCUCUCUGUCUGCAAGUUCUGCCAAAGAAAAGAAAUCUAAAUCUAAAGAGGACAAAGAUUCUGAUGGAAAAGAAAAAAAGUCCAAGUCAAAGGAGAAGGAGAAGGACAAGAAGAAAGAACCAGCUUCAAUGUUCCAGAUAAACGGAGAAAAAGACUCAAAAAGCAAGAAGAAAGCUGCCAAAUCAGACAGCGAUGACAGUGAAGAGGAAACAAAGUCAGCAAAAUCAAAGAAGAAAUCCACCACCGGCACAGCAUCCAUGUUCCAAGCAUCAGGAGACAAGGACAAAGACAAGAAGACAAAGAAGAAAGGAAAGGUAGAAGAGAGUGAUGAUUCUGACUCAGAAAAAGAAGAAAAAUCAAAGAAGAAAAAGGGCAAAGGGAAGAAGAAAAAGGAGAGAUCUCCAUCACCUGAGAUUGAGUUUGACGACUUGGAGAAGUUUGUGAUGCAGCCGGCUCCGCAGGGCGUGACCGUCAAAUGCAGAGUGACUCGAGACCAGAGAGGGAUGGAUAAGAGCCUCUACCCUCUGUAUUACCUUCACCUCGACAACGAAAAAAAGACAUUCCUGUUGGCUGGGAGGAAACGAAAGAAAUGUGCAACUUCAAAUUACCUCAUCUCCAUUGAUGCCACAGAUUUAUCAAGAGGUGGAGAGAAUUUUGUUGGAAAGCUCAGGUCCAAUUUAAUGGGGACUAAAUUCACCGUAUUUGACAAUGCUCUGAAUCCAGAAAGAGCUCUUCCAGACAUGUCUAAUGCACGGCAGGAGUUAGCAGGCAUCAUCUAUGAAACAAAUGUCUUAGGGAUGAAAGGGCCCAGGAGGAUGACGGUUGUCAUUCCAGGAAUGAACAAGGACAACGAGCGAGUACCUCUCCGACCGAGAAAUGACUAUGACGGCUUGUUGAUAAGGCACCAGAAUAGAAGGACGGAAAAUAUGAUCGAGCUUCACAACAAGACGCCUGUGUGGAACGACGAAACUGCGUCUCAUGUGCUCAACUUCAACGGCAGGGUCACCCAGGCCUCCAUCAAGAACUUCCAGAUAGUCCAUAACAAAGACUUGGACUACAUUGUGAUGCAGUUUGGACGAAUAGCUGAUGACAUUUUCACGCUGGACUUCAACUACCCGCUGUGUGCAGUGCAGGCCUUUGCCAUCGCGCUCUCCAGCUUUGAUGGCAAAAUCGCCUGUGAAUAACUGAAAGAUCCCCAGUUGUCUACUCACACUGAAACCAGUAUGCAACAUGCCCACACUCACUUCAGAACAACUCAUGUCUUUGGACUCCGCCUUCAACACUUCCUGUGAUAGGCACCAAUAAUGAAUGAUGGUUCCUUGAAUGUGACAGUGCCUGCUGCUGCGCUGUCACCUUUAUGGGUGAGUAAUUCCCUCCAGGAGUGAGAAACAAAAUCUGCUCUCAUAUUAUCAUCUGAUAUCUCAUUACAUGGCACAGGAGAGUGCUGGUUUUUGUCUCUGUAUUUCAGUGGAGACGUCUGAAUUUGUGUGAAUCACAGACACACAUCAUUACAAGGACUCCAUUGACUGGAGAGUUAUGGGUUUUUUGAGGGGAUGAUGGUAUACCUCAAUGAUGAAGGUGUUUACUAACAUCAUUAAAAGAUUUAACCUGUGUUAUGUUUUGGCUUUGUUGUGCUGUAUUGUAUUGUAUUGCUGUGGAUUGGGCUGUCUUUAAAUCACCAACAGGUCACUAAUGGCUUGUGUCAGAUGUGACUGACACCAAAAAAUAAGUCACAACGAGAAUGUCUAGUUUCUUUAAGGCAAAAGUCAAGAGUUACGCUCUCACUCUCAGAUGUAAGAUAUCAACAGUCUAAACAACACACUGUUACUCUCACAAAAUAACUGAUAGCUUUAAAGAAUGAGGAAAUUACUUUUAUUUGAAGGACAAUGGGUAUUAAGUCUCAUAACAGCUGUUUUACACAACACACUGUCCAUCUUUUAGUGACUUUGAAAUAUAAAUUCCGGGUAUCAGUCUUUGUUAGAGAAACAUAAAUAGAAGUGUAACAUUUUGGAAUAGGAGUGUCUUUAGUUUGUGCUAUCUAGUGUUUAAUGUUUUGACAAAAUAUUCAGUCUGAUUAAGUUUUAUUUUUUUUGAAGAUUUCUCUGCCCAGCUCAGAUGAUUGGGUCCGAUUUGAGCUCCUGUAGGUUUUUCUAUUAUGUGUUUUUUGGUUCUAAUAUUUUGUAAAAUGUAUUUAUUUGUCUGAACACUGCCUUUGUUGCAUUUCUAGGCUUAUUGUAAUACUGUUAUUUAAUAAAGCAUGUGAAUUAAUUAAGUCAA